AGAGAGUAUAUAAGCUGAAAAAUUUUAUUGAGAGACAGUCCGAUCUUGACUGAAUAAUAAAGAUGAAAGUUCUAGCUUUACUUGCUCUUGUUGCUGUUGCCGUUCAGGCUAAACCACGUGAUCCUGCUUUCUUGACCACUGAAGUUGGUUACAUCGUUGGAGGUGAAGAUGCUUCCCCUGGUGAAUUUCCAUGGCAAGUAUCUUUGCAAAGAUGUUCUGGUGCUUCAUGCAGCCACAACUGUGGAGCCAUCGUCAUGAAUGCCGACUGGGUUUUGACUGCUGCCCAUUGUAUCCAAAACCCAUCCCUCGCUUCUCAUAGAUUGGUCUUCGGUCUUCACAGACGUAGUGAUGAAUCUGGAGCUCAAGCUAGAACUCCAUCCAUUGUUAGACCCCAUCCAGAUUGGAUCAAUGACGGUAGCUUGGGAUUCCCCAACGAUGUCGGUGUCAUGAAAGUCUCUGAAUCUGUUGUUCUUUCUGGAAAUGUUGCUGCAGCUACUCUUGUAUCUUCAUCUGUUGGAAAUUUGGCCGGACAAGCCUGUGUCAUCUCUGGUUGGGGACGUACCGCUGGUGGAGCACCUUUACCCGAUGUUCUCCAAAAAGCCGACACCCGUGUCUUGUCCACUGCUGAGUGCCAAGCUCAAGGAAUUCCUCAAGCUGAUGAUGACUUCCAUAUUUGUCUUAACAACGAUGCCGGAACUACCAACUCCUGCAACGGUGACUCUGGUGGCCCAUUGAACUGCCCAAUCGGAAGCGGUGGCUCUAUUCAAAUUGCUGGUGUUACAUCUUUCGGUAUCAUCUUCUGCCCACCAAACAGACCAGCUGGGUAUGCCCGUGUUUCUUACUACCGUGACUGGAUCGAUUCCAACUCCCAAGAUUAAGUAGCUGUGUAAAAUAAGGAAACCCAAUAAACAAUCGUCUUAAUGAUAAAUAAAUAUUAAAAUCUUAAAUUUAAACUUUAAAGUUUAAACUUUCUCUUAAAAGAAUUAUUAUAUUAAUAUAUAGUUUAAUGAAACUUGUAGUCUUUAUACUUUGAACCUAUAAUUUUGGUUCGCAUCUCUCGCGUAAUCGCUUAAAUUUACCGUUUUUGACUUGCUCCAUAAAUAAACUAUAAUUCAUUAUAAAUAA